CACAUAACCUUAGUGCUAAUAAUUGUACGAUUUACCGUAUUUUCGGCUCUUUUGCUGACUAUAACAUAAGUUUUGUGUAUAAAUAUGGCAAAGUCAAAGAAUCAUACUAAUCAUAACCAAAACAAGAAGGCCCAUCGUAAUGGUAUCAAAAGGGUCAAAAUACCGAAGAAGAUUUCAACCAAAGGGAUGUGUCCCAAAUUUUUGAGGAACCAGAAAUUCUGCAAAAAACAUCAAAGAAAGGAAGCUGAUGAAGAGUGAACUCGGAUAAUUCACUAACGCAAAUUCUCCUAACUUCUCUUCGAUU